UUGUUUUCAUCACCUUUGAAAACUACUCCUCUGUUAAUUCUCACCAGCGAACCUGUAUUUUAAUGCGGUUUAAUUAAAUAACAUAUGUAAAGCAUGAGUUUUGAUAGAUAUUAGGUGGUGAUUGUUUUUCUUGGCUUAAGCGGAUUAGUUGAGUCUUAUGCUUACACCAGUUAAAAUUUUCUGGUUCUUUCUUUAUUUUCUGAUUUUCUCCCAUCUAGACCAUGUCUAUCUUAAACAAAAACAUUAACAGCAACAUGGGUUCUUCUUCUUUUCAUGAAUUCAAGAAGCAAGCUUCUUUCUUUUUCAAGGAAAAGAUCAAAACUGCUCGGUUAGCUUUGACUGACGUUACACCUGCAGAACUGUUGGCUGAAGAAGCUACAAAUGAGAAUCCAUGGUCGCCUGAUGCACGAACCCUGGGAUCAAUAUCAAGGGCUGCUUUUGAGGUUGAUGAUUAUUGGAGAAUCGUGGGGAUACUGCACAAGAGAUUUUCAAAAUUUGAAAGAAAGAACUGGAGGGUCUCCUACAAUUCUUUGGUUGUUCUUGAACGCUUGUUGACUCAUGGACCUGAGAGUGUGGCAGAAGAGUUUCAGAGUGAUAAAGAGGUUAUUGAAGAGAUGGGAAGCUUUCAGCACAUUGAUGAGAGAGGAUUCAAUUGGGGUUUAGCUGUUAGGAAGAAAGCAGAGAGAAUAUUGAAGUUGCUUGGAAAAGGAACUCUUCUUAAGGAGGAGAGAGAUCGUACUCGAAAGUUGACUAGAGGGAUUCAAGGGUUUGGAAGCUUUUGCCAGAGAUCUUCAGCAAAUGGCAUACUGAAGCAAUCAUCAAGUGGAAAAAUUGAAAGAUGCAACUCCCAGUUCAACAACUAUGAAAAUGAAGAAAAUCAGAUACCGCCUGCAAAUGGAGGAGAUUCGAUCCAAAAAGUUGAAAAAAUACAGCAGAAAAAUGAGAAUUCAAUCCCUGAGACCAGCAAGAAUUCAAAGAACUCAAGUUCUCGGCGCAGUUUCAGUGAUGGGAAGAUGCUUAAGAAUCCAGAAACUCAAACAAGUUUCAAAGAAAAUAUGGCUCCUAAUGAUGAAGAGUUAUAUAGAUGGAAUUUGUCCGGGGAGUCCAAUCCACUUAUAGAUAGCAGGAAUGAAGAAGCCAGAGUUGGAAUUUUAGUUGACGAUGAUCACCCCUUUAAUGGAAUGGAGAAUCAAGCUACUGCUUCAUUGCUUUCUGCAAGAGAUGGCAUCUUGCAAGGAUGUUGAAUAAAUUCCAUACAUUUUCAGCAUUGAAGCACAAAAUAAGUCUACAAGGCUGUUAGAUUUAGCAACCAGUUAACGAGCUCAGCUUUUGUUUGUUCCCCAAAUACGUGUAUUAUGUAGUUCAACAGUUGUGCUUGGUAAGACUUAAAAGAGUACGCAAAAAGUAUUGUCUGAAGCACUUCUCGAGGCUGUUACACUGAUAGAUAAAUAAAAAAACCUUGGUUUCCCUA